AUGGCAGAUGUCGCGAUGGAAGGGACAGUACCUACUGAACUUACAGUCCUCGCUCAUCGACUCCUGAUUGCAGCCCAAUCUGCUUCUGCUGGUGAAAUCCAACAACUCGUAGAUGCAGGGGCUCCAGCAUGGUAUCAAGAUGAACCAUUAGGAUGGUCAUGUCUCCAUUACGCAGCAGAACGUAGGGAGCCCUCCAUAUUAGAAAUGUUAUUGCAAGGUGGUGCAAUUUGGAACGCUCUUGACAAAUGGGGUAGAACAGCAGGUGAAAUUUGUUUGAGUUUAGGUGAUCAAGAAGGUUGGCAAAUAAUAAGGAAUGAAGGUAUAAGAUCAGAAAUGUUACAUCACGCUUUGGCAGGACCCUCUUCACCUCAAUCGGAUUCUUCAACAAAUAUCAAGCUGAGAGCAGAAGACAAAACUUCCGCUGGAGAUAACCUUACCUUUCUGAAAUCCCAAUUGACAUGGGAUAUAGGUGAAGAUGGUAAAGAAAGGGUAUUGGAUGCGGACGGGAAUGGAGUGAUGAUGGGCUGGGAAGAACCUCUGAUGUCCGAACAUGUCCGUCUCAUGACAAGUGAUCAUCCUAACGCCCAGCCUGGCGCAGAAGGAAUGACUAUAAUGAAUGUCGGAUUUGGUUUGGGUAUAGUCGAUCGUUUAUUCCAAACCGCUUUAUCGCCUUCACAUCCCAGACCGGCCAACCACACAAUAAUCGAAGCUCAUCCUCAAGUCUUGCAAUACAUCCGUGAUAAAGGAGUAGACAAACUACCCGGAGUUAGGAUAUUAGAAGGGAGAUGGCAAGAUUAUCUACUGGAUCCAGAGAAAAUAGGAGAGAUAUUAGAAUGUACACCUGGUGGAAUGGGGUAUGAUGCUAUUUUCGUUGAUACUUUCGCUGAGGGAUAUGAAGAUCUAAAAGCUUUCUUCGAAGUUCUACCUGAUAUCCUUGAACCUGAACAUGGAAUAUUCUCCUUCUGGAAUGGACUUGGUGCUACCAACGCAACCAUUUAUGCUGUUUCAUCUUCAUUAGCAGAACUGCAUCUAGAAGAUGUAGGUCUGGAUACUACAUGGCACGACGUGCUGAUCCCCGAGAGUCUGCGGGAACAAGUUUGGAAAGGCGUAAGAAGAAGGUACUGGGAGUUACCAGGGUAUAGAUUGCCUAUAGCCAAAAUGAAACUCAUGUGA